AUGUCUUCUUUCUCUAAAGACUGGCUCACCGUGGCUGUGCUUGUGGUAGCCUUUUUCGGGUACUUCGAACGGACUCAGCCUUUCUACCGCCAGUUCAAACUCUCGGACUCGCGUCUCCAACACCUGUUUGCUCAUGAGGAACGUGUCACUGAUCUCCAGCUCUACUUCCUCUGUACUGUGAUCCCUAUGGGGAUUGUGGCGGGCGUUUACACAGCAAAAAGGAAAUUAGCGCUUCUGCUGAAGUCCGUACAUGCCACAAUGGUUGGGUUGUGGAUUUCAUUGACUGUAGCAGCCGUUUUCACAGACAUUUUAAAGGAUUGGAUUGGAAAUCCUAGGCCAGACUUCUUGGAGCGGUGUGGAGCCAAACCAGGCACAGCCAGCGACGUUUAUGUGGAUGUGGCGGUGUGCAAUGCUCCUCUUGGGCUCAAUCGAUUGGCGGAUGGCAUGAAGCUGACACCCUCGGGUCAUUCUUCCAUGAUCUUUGCACUGAUGUUCUACUUAUACUUGUGGCUUGGAGAACAUGGUGCAAUUCUGCGGGUCAAUAGGUGGAUUUGGCAGUUUUUGCGUGUUGGGCCACUUCUUUUGGGAUGCUACGUUGCAUUUUCUCGAACUCAGGACUAUAGACAUCAUUUUUUCGAUGUUUGUCUUGGUCUGUCAAUUGGUAUAGCUGUUGGGUGGCUUCUGUACAAGAAGUACCAUGCUGAAAUUGAGGUGUAA